AUGAAGAAUUUUCUCUGGGGUGGGACGGAGGAAGUGAAGAGAAUGAAUUGGGUCGCCUGGGAUAUCGUCACCAGGCCUAAAAAGCUUAGCGGGCUUGGAACCAAUAAACUUAAGCUUGCGAAUGAAGCUCUUUUGUCGAAGUGGAUAUGGAGAUUCCGGUCGGAAGAGGAUAGUCUUUGGAAGAAAGUUAUUACGGCAUGCCACGGUAAGAGAAGAAAGUGGUCGUUUUUUCCAUCCAAUUCUAAUUUGACAGGGGUUUGGAAAAAUAUCAUGAGUUUAGAAUCCAAAAUGCUUAUUGACGGUAAAAGAAUUAACCUUCUUUUCAAAGGGGUGCUGGGUAAAGGGGAUUGUAUCCGAUUUUGGAUUGAUGUGUGGUUUGAGAACACUCCCCUGAUGAUUAAAUGGCCUUUGCUGUUCGCAUUGGAAAAGGAGAAAUGUUGUCUGGUUAAGGUAGGGCCCCGGAGGCUGGCUCGGGUGGUCAAUGGAGAUGGUGCUGGUCGGUACUCCACCUCUUCUUUUAGAUCUUUGUUUUAUAGUUCUUCCGGUUCGAAUCAAGGGUAUAGGCUGUGGAAAGGGGGUUGGAUUAAAUCCAAAUGUGACAUUUUCAUCUGGAGAGCAUCUCAAGAUCGGAUUCCUACGAGACAGGCGUUGGCUAGAAGGAACAUCCUGAUUGUUUCAGUGGAUUGUAUCUUGUGUGGUGCGGAUACCGAGAUUGUGGACCAUCUUUUUUCUGCUUGUAGUAUUGCGGCCUCGGUUUGGGAGAAAAUCAGCGAUUGGAUUAAGAUCCCCCCUGUAUUCGCUUUCUCGUUUGGGGAUAUUCUUUCGACUCAUGAAAGGGUUGGGGAGAACAGGAAAGCCAAAGAUAUUAUUCGGGGCCUUUUAAUGAUUGCUUGCUGGUGUAUUUGGAAAGCUUGUAACGAAAAGUUCUUCUCGAACGGUAAAGGAUGCAGUACUGAAAUCUUCGGGGAAGUGAAAUCUAUUGGUUUUCGUUGGUUAAAGUGUAGAUCUUCUCAUAAAAGUAUAGUGUGGAGUGAAUGGUGUAAGUCUCCUAUGUAUAUGCUGUAA